GAGCUCACGAGGAGAGAAGAAAAAAUUUCGGUUUCAUAUGGGGAUAACGAGAGAGAAAUCCCACCUUAAAAACGCGAGAAGACAUAUAAAUGAGACUCUCACUUAUUCGACGGAGGUUUAGUGUUUUACUGAAAGAAGAUGAAAUUAGCUUUAAUAGUAUUAGCUGCUUGUGCAGCUGCAGUAGCCACUCCUGCCAUCAACCAAAUCAGGCCGGUUUCCAACAGACCAGGUCGCUUCUUGUCCUUGCCAAAUCCGCAGAAAUGCGCAAACAGACCGAAACAGUUUUUUUUCCGAGGACACAAUUACUUCUUCACCGGUCAUGUCCCUGAAUUAGCCAACAGAAAAUUCGACUGGUUAGAUGGAAGGAACAUUUGCAGGGAGUACUGCAUGGACUUGGUCUCGCUAGAGACGCAAGAAGAAAACAACAUGAUCUUCAGACUUAUUCAACAAAACGAUGUCCCUUACAUUUGGACCUCCGGCAGACUGUGCGACUUCAAGGGCUGCGAGAACCGCGCCGACUUGGAACCCAAGAACAUCUACGGAUGGUUCUGGUCCGCGAACCGCGAAAAGAUGGCGCCUACCAACCAGGUGCCCAACGGCUGGGGCUACAACCCAUGGUCCUCCACUGGUCACAAAAAACAACGCCAACCCGACAAUGCGGAAUUCGACAUCAAUGGCACCAGCGAGUCGUGUCUUUCCAUCUUGAACAACGUCUACAAUGACGGUAUCGCCUGGCAUGACGUUGCCUGCUAUCAUGAGAAGCCCGUCGUCUGCGAGGACUCUGAGGAGUUACUAAAUUAUGUAGCUGCCACGAAUCGCGGCCUUCGUUUGUAAAUUAUUCUAAUUUAAGUGCAUUUUUCAUUUAUUUAACAUCUUAGUGUUAAUUUUAUCCCGAUCAUGAUGUAAAAAUGAUAAAUUUGAGUAUUUAUUUUUGAUAAACACAAUGUAACCGAUCUUGUGGAGUACCUACAAAAUAAAUUAUGUUUUAAUA